GUAUUCCAAUAUUCACGUUGCAUUACAAUUUGCAUGAUGAGAAUGUAAAUACUAGUGUACAAAAAAGAGAGAAGUGUAAGUUAAUAAAAAGAUGGAUCUAUAGUUAGUGAUUACAGCUUCACUGAUCAGAGGGGAAGCGAAGUAAUUUGACUCGGUUUUUCUCGAUACGCUUUUUACAAAGUUUAGGAAAGUCCAGCCCAUUCUGCUGUCUCGCAUCAGUAAACGCCGAAUAUAAAAGAUGAGGGAAUGUCGGUCGCAGUCAGUUAACGUCGAACUUUGGUUUCUGCUCGUACCGAACUGUACGAGAAUCAUGUUGAUUGUAAACAUCAUUCUCUUUACGUCUACGAUCUGUAUCGCCACGAGCGCCGUACCUUCGACUGGCGCUUCCGUCACGUCAGCAACGUCUGCCAAAUCGAAACGCGUGGUCGUAGAUCCCGGCCACAAUAUCCGUAAUAAUCAGGAGCAGUUCAGAGGUACUCAAACUACGCCGAGAAUCCCGUCGCCUCAGGAUAUUAACUUGAGAUCAUCGCCACGUUAUGGAAACGCUAAGGCAACCGAUGCUCAUCAGAGAGCGUCUUAUGCCGGCGCAAACCACGGGCCUGGUUCUCACGCGUAUGGCAGCGUGCCAAAGCGGCAGCUCUCCUACGUUUCUCCCCCAAUACGCCAGCUCGAGUCUCAUCGGAACAAUCUGCUGGCUCCGUAUUUUAGCAUAUUGAAUAAUCCUGAUGCGUACAAAGCCGCGAGGAGCGUCGAGAAACCGCUAGAUGCGUCCAAAUCGAUCGUGUCGCAGUCGCUCGAGAAAUUGCAGGGACUCUACUCGCCCAGCUACAAUGCGUUCCAACAGAACAAGCCGAUCGAAUUGUCCGGUUUUUCCAACUUCGAGUUUCCCUCGUACGGCAAGCUCGUUUCCCAGGGCGUUUCUUCGCCCACCGUACAGGCGCCGGUGUUCAAAAUGAGUUAUUCUCUGCCAAAAAUUGCCGACUACGCGCAGAUGUACACGCCGAGCAUUUCAACGGCGUCGGGCGUCACUCCAUUGUCGGAGAAGACGAUCCAGGGCCCUGGGCAGAAGGAAGCUACCGUAGACGUGAACGGCAAGAAGAUCUCGGUUCCGAUCCUUCAACUUCAAAGCAAUCUGGAUUUUUCGGGAGCUUUGCCCGCAUUCGACAGUCAGCCGUUUCUGCUGAGCGCGAACUAUCCGAUCGAGUCGGACAUGGGAUUUAAGUUUGGGUCUGGGCCGAAGUUUAACAUGGCACUUCAAUCAAGUAACGUUUCGCCGUUUUCGUCGCCUCUGUCGAGUUUCCAAGGUCAAGUCGUGCCGAUUCAGACUGGUAGCCCUCAAUUUUCGCAGUACAAAGGCGCCAGCGUAGAGGCUUACCCUCUCGCGAAUAAUGCUGCUAAAGCUCAAGGCAAUUACGAAUCCCUUUAUAGUCAGCCACAAUUGCACUUUGGCAAUGAUCAUAAUGGCAAUGUACAGCCUGUAACGCGACAAAACACCGUUCAAACACCUUCCGUUUCAACGCAGGGCAUUCUAAACGAUGUGGAACUCAUCAAUAGGAAAAAUCCGGAGCCGCAUACACCUCAACCUGAUGAUGAUGAUGCUGAUGACGAAGAUAGAGACGAUAAAAGAUACAAAAAUCCGGAUAAGGAGCACGAUCAUAGUUCAGAAGAUGACGAUGUUGAGCGUCGACCGAGAAAGUAUUUCAAAGCGUCUCCGACGGAAAGCGACUUCGAGCCUUCAACGACUUACCCUUUCAAAGAGUACGAUGAGAGAUUUGGAAAGCACAGAGCGCAAUCUGAUGAUGACGACGACGACGACGACUUUGAGGAUAAACCGUAUUCCAGCUAUAAGAAUUAUUCAUCAUCAGACAACGACGACGACGACGAAGAGGAAGAAGACCCGUCAUCAGAGGGGUACCGUGCUGAAUACACUGAAUCCUCAAAACCAUCGCGUGACUCGUACGAAGAGGAUGAAGAGGAGGAAGAAGAAAGUCGAAAGCAGGAGAAACGCAAGGAAGCCAAUGAGGGUUCUUACGAGGUAGAACCUAAACGAUCCAAGUAUUAUCAAAAAGACUUUGAACAGGAAUUUGAAGAAUCUUACAGGGAAGAGCUACCAAAAGAAGAAUACGUACACGUGAAAGAAGUACCAGAAAUAGACAGUUAUAUUAGUCCGAGUCCUAACCGGCAACAAAAGAAUAAUAGUCAAUCUCGCGUAAAGCAUGUACAAUCCAAAGAACCAAAGAAUCAGGAAUCCCGCAUUGUCCGAAAAAAUCGCAAGGUACCAAAGACGGAUUUCAAAGACAGCACGGCUCAUAGUUCGGACGUCUCUUGGGCUAAAAGGACUCCAAAAGUGAUUUACGAGGAGUUUUUUGGAUACAAACCCGGGACCGGAAGAUAUUCUAAGCGUUCAAAAACUGAGAAAUUCUCCGCUAAGAAAACGCCGAAGGAUGAUAAUGACAACGACAUUCGUGCUGCUAAGUAUUAUAAAUUUAAAAAUUCCAAGACCCCUAGUGAGUACAAUUCCAAAGACAAAGAUCCGUAUUUCUCCGUGAAAUUGAAUAAAAACCUCUCAUCUGAGAAAACGAUUCCUGAGAAAACAGUUCCUAGAUCGAUUGUGAAACAGUUAUCGGAUCAAAGCGACGAAGCUUCUUUUUAUAAGCCAAGUGUAUCGAGCGGCCGGAUGCGUUCACUCACAAAUGCAGAAAUUUUUCGUGAUCUGACGGGAAUCUAAGCGAUGAAAGAACUGCAUAUUAUAUAAAUUAAGAAAUGUUGCGUGUGCAUAUUCUUAGACCACAAAUUUCCCGGUGAAAUCUUGUAUUCAUAUAAAAAAAAUAUCUCGACUUUUCUGCGGCUUUAGUAGAAGAAAUCAAGUUACGUAUAUUUACAUUCGUACGUUCUUAUUUUUAUUAAGUGUAUCUAUUAUAUGAUUUACAGUAACAAAACAAAUUCUACUUAUAUUAUUAUUUUCUUUAUGCGUUAAGUCUUCCGU